AUUCUUUCAACAGCAGGAACAGUUAUUCAGCCACCACCGUAGCUUGCUAGACAAAAUAGACGAACCAAUAAAGCUCUUUAGACGCUUAAGUGUAUAUUAGCCACUGUAUUUUAAAACCACUACUGUCGUCUAGUUAGUUAUCCGUUUUAAUUUCAUAUUUACGGUAUUGUUUUUAUUAUUCAUCUAGCGGGCUGGUUAAGUUAGCAUUAGCCUAGCUAGCUAACAUCUCCAACCAUGAGGUCACUAAGCUACUCUCUUGUUAAUGAAGAGGAGGUCUGCUGGACGGAGAAAGAAGCUCUCGUCAAAGAGGAGAAGGAAGAGGAGGCUAUCACAGUAAAAGAAGAAGUAGAGGGUGAGGCUGUUACAGUGAAAAAAGAAGAGAAAGACGUUACAGUGAAAGAAGAAGAAGACGCGUUCAGAUUGAAAGAGGAAGAGGAUGUUACAGUUAAAGAGGAGGAUGCAGUUUUUGGUGUGAAAGAGGAGGGGGAGAUGACUGUCACAUCGAAAAAGGAGGAGGAAGAAGAGGAGGAAACUGGAUUUCUGGGCUCUGUUUCCCAAACGCAUCUUAAGGCAUCCAAUGGUUCUAACGAUGAACAGGCCCUGGUUAACACAAGAGAGAGACGUGACUAUCGUGGAUCCUCUGGGGAGCCUCAACAACCUCAUGAUGCUGACAAGAGUCUCUCCACAUUAGAACACCUCAAGAAAUACCAGCAGAGACCCACAGGGAAGAGAACUCACUGCUGCUCUGACUGUGGGAAGAGAUUCACCUCAUCAACUGGCAUUAAAAUUCAUCAGAGAAUCCACACAGGAGAGAAACCUUUUAGCUGUACCCGAUGUGGGAAGAGUUUUACUCAAUCAGCCAGCCUGAUAUCACACCAGAGAACACACACAGGAGAGAAACCUUAUAACUGUGCUCAAUGUGGGAAGAGUUUUACUAGAUCAACCGGCCUGAUAUCACACCAGAGAACACACACAGGAGAGAAACCUUAUAGCUGUGAUGAAUGUGGGAAGAAUUAUGUUACAUCUAGCAGUCUGACUAAACACAGGAGAACACACACAGGAGAUAAACCUUAUAACUGUGAUGAAUGUGGGAAGAGAUUUGUUACAUCUAACAGUCUGACUAAACACCGGAGAACACACACAGGAGAGAAACCUUAUAGCUGUGCUCAAUGUGGGAAGAGCUUUACUCAGUCUAGCUGUCUGACUAAACACCGGAGAACACACACAGGAGAGAAGCCUUUUAGCUGUAAUCAAUGUGGGAAGAGGUUUACUCAGUCAACCAGCCUGAAAUCACACCGUAGAACACACACAGGAGAGAAACCUUAUAGCUGUGCUCAAUGUGGGAAGAGUUUUACUCGUUCAACCAGUCUGAAAUCACACCGUAGAACACACAGGAGAGCAAUCUUAUAGCUGUGCUCAAUGUGGGAAGAGCUUUACUGAGUCUAGCUGUCUGACUAAACACCAGAGAACACACACAGGAGAGAAGCCUUUUAGCUGUAAUCAA